UAAAUAGAUCAUGAUUCCUGGGAAGGAAAUUGAGAUACUCCUCUCCUUUCAAAGCGCUUCUUCACUCUAGCUACUACUACCAUGGCAAAUUUCUUCCCCUUCUUCUUGAUGUUCCUCUCUGCUCUUAUGCUUGUAGGUGCGAGCAGCAGCAGCAGCAAAGAGAUGAGUCCGGUGGUCUACUGGAAUAAACUGUUGCCCAAAACUCCCAUUCCCAAGUCUCUCGAUGCCUUCUUGCCAAAAGACAUCGAUGAUCCUUCCCAGAGGAAGUAUUUUAGCGUCCUACACGACCAGUUUUGCUGGAAAUACUAUGUCUACAGAGUUGGAACAACACUAGAUCAGCUAAAGGGAGACCGUGAGCUUAAUUUCCUCUUCUUGGAAGAGAACUUGAAGCCUGGCAGCAAGACUAAGAAGCUGGACUUUGUGAAGAAGGAGAAGGAGACUAUCGGCUGGCCAACCCUGCUGCCUCGCAGAGAAGCACAGGGCUUCCCCUUCUCCUCUUCCAAGCUUGCUGACAUCCUGAAACGCUUCUCCCUGGAUCCCAACUCAGCCGAUGCAUUAAUAGUGAAGCACACGCUCGGGGAUUGCGAGAUGGAACCGAAUAAGGGCGAGACUAAAUACUGCGCUACAUCCUUGGAAUCCAUGGUCGACUUUGCGGUGUCACAGCUCAAAACAAAUUAUCUUCAGUUGCUAACCUACUCAUUUGCGAACAAUGAAGAAAGAGAUCCCAAGAGCAGAGUGUACACAGUUCAACCUGGUGUGGUUGAACUGCCCUCCUCACAAGCGGUGGUGUGCCACAUUCAGUCGUAUCCCUAUGCAGUGUUCCACUGCCACACGCCUGUCAAAACCAAAUCUUACAUUGUUCCUUUGGUUGCUGAGGAAGAUGGCAGCAGAAUGAGUGCAGGGGCAGUGUGCCACACCGACACCUCUUCGUGGAACGCAAACCAUACCUCUAUGCUCGCACUAGGAAUCAAGCCGGGAACUCCUGCUUGCCACUUCCUUUCUCAUGGUCAUCUUGUGUUUGUUCCCAACUCUGCUUCUUAAGAUAUCCCCAUGCAGGAUGCAUAAUCCCCUUUGAUUUCUUGCUGCCCACAAGCUUUCUUAGCGCUGCCAGUAUCCGGGUUGUACUACUGCCAUCUUUAAUUUCCUGUUGUAUGUGUAUGUUCUCAAGCUUCGGUUUAGUUAAGAUGAAAAACUGGGUUAUAAAUUUUUUACAAACCUCAAUAAAGGGAUUCAAGAAUCUUUGGUUUCUAA